CCCAGUGCUGUUUAACAUCUUCAUCGGUGAUCUGGAUGAGGCGGUUGAGUGCACCCUCAGAGACACUGGAUUUAACCUGUAGAAAAGACCCGUGCUUUAUGAAAUUCUCAGAGAUGGAAAAAAUGGCAAACAUUCAAGCUGAAAUCAAUGAGAAGAAACUGAAAGCUGAAAUUCUGCAUUUGGAGAAGGAGACAGCAGACAUUGCUCACCCUUUCUACUUAGGCAAAAAAUGCGAGAUUUUGCAAGAUAUGAACAGACACUUGGAAGCCAUACUGAAAGAGAAGAGGGCUCUUAGGAAGAGGUUGAUAAAGCCCAGAUCUCAAGACAGCCUGCCUAUUGAGGCUACUUUUCACAAGUACCUAGUAGAGUUGUUGACUGAGGCUGUGACUUUCAUUGAGAAGCUUGAAAGCCAUUUGCAGGCCGUAAGAAGCAUCCCUGAGAUACCGAACAUCAUGAAGGAUAUGGGCACUGCUUUGACAAAAACGGAGGUGCUUGUGAUGGAGUUGGAGGAGCUGGCAGAGCAAAUACUGAAAUGGAGAGAAUUGCAAAAAGAAGUGUAUUUUGACAGCAUCUGCAAUACUGAUGAAUGGGACUUUGGCUUAUAUUUAACCUAACAUCAUUGUCCUCAAAUAGGAUGCCUAUUCAAAGAACUACCUUUUUGCAGUCUCUGGUGAAAACUACAACAUAGUUGUGCUUUAAUCCAACAGGGACUUCAUAGGUAGUUAUAUUUCUGUUCUUAUGUAACAGUUCUCCAACUGUUUAAAACAAACAAACAAACAAAAACCAACAAGGACAACGACCAGUAACUCGUAUGAAGACAGACUACUGAGAAGGCUGUUAAGGAGUUCCUGUUUGAAACAGUUGGACAGGAUUCCCUUGGAACCUGUAGCAUCAAUGCAAAUUUGUGUUGAUAUUUCUUAUGCACUUGCUAGAGUGUCUCUGUUCAUUUUUGUAAGCAUCUUGUUAAAACACUGUAUUUUGUAUGUCAAUGUAAAAUUUCAAUAAAAGCACU